AUGUCCGGAAAGGGAAAGAAGAAAGCCAAAACCAUAAAAUUAAGCACCAACAAGUCAAGUUCAGAUCCCGACCAGACCAAGGACUCUGCGGCAAACAAAACCCAGGCCGAGCCUGACAGAACGAAAUAUCAAGAAACAACGGAUGGAUUUAUUCUGGGCUUCAACAUUGUCAGAGAGAUCUCGGAAGCUACUGGCCUACUCGCACCAUUGAAGGCAACAUUUGCCAUGUCUUUGGAUAAAAUGGCACAAAAGGCCGUGAGACUGGAUGCAGCAUUUGACGUGUUUGUGAAGAAGAAGCGACCGCCUAGUCGCCUCCUCAUAAUCCAUUCGUGA